AUGGCUAAAACAGGUGAUGUUAGCAUCAGAGGGAAUCAGUGGCAGAGGGUGUUGAGGCUGCAACAGGGGCAGAAAGCGAAUGGGGAAGGAGGAGAUGGCAUCAAGGCUGAAGGAAAACAGAACACUUUCCUGGACCUGAUUUUGAAAUUUCACUGGAAAGACUUCAUCAUUGAUCCAGCAGAACAGUUUUAUUAUAUCUGGAUCCAGGUCAUGAUACUGCCCAUCAUUUACAACUGGGUGAUCAUCAUUUUGAGGACUUGCUUCUCUACUAUAUCAGUGAGCUACCUUCCUGUGUGGCUUACACUGGAUUAUGUGUCAGACCUCAUGUACAUGAUUGAUAUGAUCAUUACUCUUCACACUGGUUACCUGGCUCAGGGCAUCCUGGUCAAAGAUCUGAUUCUGCUGAGGAAGCGCUACCUGCGCUCUAAACAUUUCUGCUUGGACCUGGCUUCCCUUCUUCCUUCUGACUUCCUCUACUUCGCAUUCGGCAUCCAAACUCCUCUAGUUAGGAUUAACCGCCUUUUGCGUAUCUCACGACUCAACGAGGCCUUGGACCGCAUGGAGACAAGAACCGCCUACCCCAACACCUUCCGCAUCACCAAGCUUAUGAUCUACAUCUUUGUGUUGAUCCACUGGAAUACCUGUCUCUACUUUGUACUGUCAAGCCAUAUUGGUUUUGGAAGUGAUCAGUGGGUCUACCCUAAUAUCACUGACCCAGCAUUUGCCUCCAUGCGGCGCCAGUACUUUCACUGCUUCUGGUUUUCUGCACAGAUCCUCACUACAGUAGGAAAUGUUCCCCACCCAGAAAAGGUAGAGGAGUUCUUGUUUAUGAUUGCAGACCUACUCAUUGCUGUGCUGGUGUUUGCAUCAGUUGUUGGCAAUGUUGGCAAUGCCAUCACGAGCCUAAGAGAUCGCGAUAAUGUCUUCUUCCCUAACCAUGAGCUGGUCAAAGCAUACCUGCGUAGUCAUCAUGUUAGCAAGGAGCUUCGAGAGCGUGUCAACAACUGGUACCAGCAUCUUUACAUCAACAAGAAGAUCAUGCGAGAGAAUGAAAUCUUGCAGCAGCUACCUUUACACAUGAGGACAGAGAUCGCUGUCAGUGUUCAUCUUCCCACGCUCUCCAAAGUCACCAUCUUCCAGAACUGCGAAAAAAGUCUGCUGGAGGAGCUGGUUGUCAAACUGACACCUCAGGUGUUCAGUCCGGGAGAGUACGUCUGCAGAAAAGGAGAUGUGGGCCAUGAAAUGUACAUCAUCAAAGAAGGAAAACUGGCAGUUGUAGCAGAUGAUGGGGUUACAGAAUUUGCUGUGCUAAGCGAAGGGAAUUUCUUUGGGGAAAUUAGUAUCCUUAACAUCAAAGGUAACAAGUCAGGCAACCGUAGGACUGCCAACAUCCGAAGCAUUGGGUUCUCUGAUCUCUUCAGCUUGUCCAAAGAAGACCUGACAGAUGUAUUAUCUGAGUUCCCUGUGGCCAAACGUCACCUGGAGGAGAAAGGCAGGCAGAUCCUCACCAAGAUGGGCAUGUUGGAGGAGACUGGGGAGACAGAGGACGGGGAGACAGAGAAAUUGGAAACCAAGAUAAAAAGGCUGGAGAGCAACUUAGAGGGGCUGCAAACUAAAUUAGCUCGGCUCAUGGUGGAAUUAGAAUCAAGCAAUCACAAAAUACAGGCCAGGGUGGCGCAGCUGGAGCUGGAAGUUUCAGAAUUGGAGACUCAGCUGCCAGAAGAUGAUGGAGAAAGAGAGAGGGAACUGGGAAGAGGGCAAGGUGUAGGAGGGGAGGCUGAAUGGGAGCGAGAAGAGGCAGAGGGAGAGGAAGAGGAAGAAGAGGAAGGUUCAUAUAUAAAGGGGGGAAAACAGGGGCAUGGAGAUGAUAGUAAUGAUGUGAGCAAAGAGGGAGACGGUGAGAGCACUAGAAGUACAAAGGAAGAUGCUGAAAGGGUGGCAGAGGGAGAUAAAUGUGGGCCAAAAAACCCAGAUAAUCAAGGAGAUAAAAGAGAAGAUGACGAAGAGAAGAACCAAGGAGAUGACAGACCUGAGAAAGGAGAUGGAGCUGAGAUUGAACCUGAGGGAAAGAAGAGAAAAGUGAGAAGAAAGAAUCUGAGGAAGGGAAAGAAAAGAGUGAAGAAGACUCAGAUAAAAAGAUAA